ACACCCAAGAUUGCGAACCGAUUCAAUGGAAAACACGUCGAUGAGAGACGGCUUGGCUUGAGGCGAUUUCCAGUCAUCUUGCGAUUGCGAGCACGUGACCGCUUCCCCCAGCGCCCACUCAGUUCCCAAUCCCUGGACUGCGAGUUCCUCCGUCACUGGCUUGAGAUUCCUGACCGGCGUUUGUGCGAAAAUUCAAUGAGAUAUCACGGUGCCCCGCGCUGGAACGAGCUUCGCGAGCGGAUUGGCUCCGAAGCUGGCACGUUCCAGCUUGUCCUCGAUUGCCCCACACCCCAUGCGUGUCGCUGUCACUUGGUUGGCCGUGUUGGUGUCGGACGCUGCCGCCGCCCCGCUCACGAGCAGCUUCUCGGCUGGGCUGCUGGGCGUGCUCUCCAGCAAGCCGAAGCUGAUCUUUGGAGCCAAGAAGACGUUCAAAGGGGAGGACGUCGACUGGGGCCCACAACAGGACGUCAACACCUCCCAUGCGCAUAGUGUCGUGUUGGACAACGAGCGUCCCGACUUCGUAGACUUGCUUACCGGCGAGAACCUCUCUAAGGAGAACGCGACCAAGUACCUGGACCAGGUUGGGCGCCUACUGUGGAGAGGAGCAUCCCAUUUGCGUCUAUCCACGGGAACGUCCGUCACCCUUCUCCAUUCCUACGCGACAGAACCCGAGCCUUUGCAGCACGACCACUCGGUCAACAUCGCACACGAGGAGGAGAUCAACUACGAGAUUGCCCAACACGGCAAGACACUGUCGUACACCCGGUCGGAUGUCGGACCCCGCCCGUAUGGCUUGGCCAACUACUGGGUCCCUGUGUAUGCCAAAGCAUCGGAUGUCAAGCCCGCGGUGGUGCUGUGGUUCUUCGACUCUCGGUCGUUCGUCACUGGAGAAGCUGGGCCUGUUCUCGACGCAGCGGAUUACUAUUGGGUUGAUGAAAACACUGUGCCGACCUACAUCGAGCAGCAAAGCGCUCUGAUGGAACGUGUGGUGUGUGCUUCUUGGGAGGACGCAGCGAUGAGACUGAGAGAGUUUCCAGUGGGAGAGUCUUCCUCCCGCCUAGGUUUUUGUCCAUAUCCCCGUGCAAAACGCCGACCAUUUGGCUCCUCUGUACGUCAUCUCCUGAUAUCAAGGUCAACGGCACUCACUCUCCACAGACCUAGCGCAGGAGACCACGACGAUGAACCCGACCCCUCGGCACAAGGAUUUCUCAAAACGUGUACACUGGCCUCGAUCUUCCAUUUUGGAACGCCGUCGUCAGCCAUCUCAACGGUGGACCGUACGGUGGGAACGUUCUGGCAGUCACUUCCGGCCAUGACCAUGGAGAAUCGUGAUGUGCUCGUUCCACCGAUUCGUCGGGCAUCCCGAUCUGCUUCAACGGGCAUUCUGGAUACGGCGGAUGAGGACUCGACGACGAAUGAGCAUGUGUCCUGGGACCGCACUACAUGCCGCAGUACAAUGAUCUCACGCGUUAACUUGAGGAAUGAAAUCAAUCGGUCCUUCACACUGAUUCUAGGAGACAACGAAGCCUCAAUCCUCGGCUUCAUCAUCCCGCUCUUCCAGCUCGGCGGCCUCUUCAUCAUCUUCCUGACGCUUGGUGACGACGUCACUGUCGGCAUCUCCUUC